AUGUCCUCACAGCACCCGCACCGUUCCAAAGUUGUGGUUCGAUUCAAGCCUUCAUUGUCCUCGACAAGGGAACGAUCCUCCUCAACGACAAGCAACAACCACAAUUCGACAAGCCAAAGCCAUCAACACCAAGAAUUAUUUGUAGUUGAAGGAAAUAAUAGUAUUAAGGUAGUUCAGCAGCAAUCAUCCCAAGAGUCCGUAAAGACCUUUUGGCCUGCAGAUGAGCCUCUUCCAAGCAAGAUGGAAUUUGACCGAGUUUUUAAGGGUGAUGCCUCACAGGAAGCGCUGUAUCAAGCAGCCAUUGGCUCCUCACUCAUCAAGGAUCUCCUCUCGGGAAUGAACCACAACAUGAUGGUUUAUGGUACCAAAGAUUCAGGAAAAACAUUUUGUUUGAUUGGAGGUUCUUUGGAAAAAAAAGAACACGAAUACGGAAUCGUUCCAAGAAUCGGAAUGGACCUGUUUGAGAGUAUUGAGGAAGAAAGUAGUAACGACCAACCAAAUGCCAACAGAAAGGAAUACAAGGUUUCUUUUGCCAUGAUGGAGGUAUAUGAAGAAAAAAUAUAUGAUCUAUUAGAGCCCAAUCAUGCAGAGAGACACUUGUUAAAUUCUCCUUACAAGGGACUGUUCGUUCAUCAUCUUUCUGAAAUUUGUGUUGGAUCCUACGAUGAAUUUAUGGAGCUGUUACGAUUUGGAACAAAAGUUCAACAGGUGUGUAGGGCGAAAAUGAACUUGGAUGCGACGAAAUGCCACACUGUGAUAUCCAUCAAAGUUGUGGCCACAGACAUUGACACUGAAGAAUCGUGGCACUCUUUAUUGAACUGUGUGGAAAUUGCUACUGGAAGUGACCGUGACUCACUCGCUCACUCCUCGUCAUUUUCGUCUCUCAUUCAAACUCUAUGUGCUAAACAGCAGCAUGAACCUCAAAAUAACCUCAAUGCAUGUUCCAACAAUACACUCACACAAAUACUUCACGAAUCUUUUGGGGGAAAUGCAAAGACCACUCUUAUUUGUACUUGCUCUUCCUCUCCACAGAGCUAUGAAGAAUCAUUUUCAUCUCUAUUAUUUGGAUUUUUAAUCAAGACGCGAGUUUCAGGUUCAGUUCAUGCCAAUACUUUAAAAAGUGCAUGGCAAUUACAGGCCAUGAUAACCAAAUUAGAAAAACAAUUCAGUGACAUGAAUAGCAGCCAGUCACAAUUCCCACCUAAAAAAAUAGUGGAAUUGGAAAUGCUUGUUGAAGAAUUGAAAGAUAAGCAUCAUGCUGAGAUACACAAUAUGAAAAACGAGAAUACACGACUAGAAAAAGAGCUGACCACCCUCAAAAGCAACAUGAAAAAACAAAAGGAAGAGAGAUCCAAGUUGCAAGAAGAGCUCGAUCGCACGAAGGAAUUGAUGGAAUCAUCCAGCAAGAAGCAAGAAGAUUUGCAAAGCAACCACCAAUACAAGACCAAAGAACUUGAGCUGGAAAUUAAAUCGUUGCGAGAGCAGCUAACAGAAGAAGAGAAAAAACGCAACGAGCUAUUGAAAGAGCUCGAGAACGUGAAAGAAGAGUCCAAGCUCAAUACUGCACACCUGCAAGAGCUUGCCCAAAAUAUUUCAGAGUCCGAAGCAAGAGCAAAAAUCAUGUUUGGCCUCGACAAAUUAACUGAAAGCAACAAGAUGUAUCGCUCAAUGAUUGGUAAACUCAACGAAAGAAUCUAUGACUUGGAGGAAAAAUUGGAAGAAUCUGAGAGAAAAUUCGCAAAUUUGGAGGCUGAAACUAGUUCACAAGAAGAGUUCAACUCACGAGAAAUCUCUAGACUCGAAAAGGAAAACAAACAACUCUCUAAAAAAGUGAGAAAAUAUGAAAAAGAGCUCGAAGACAUGGACGAAGAAUGUGUAGAUUUGGAAAUGGAGCUCAAUAAAUGUAUUGGAGAGGUGGAAACACUUGAAGAUACCACCGAAGAUCUCAAAGAAAAGAUUGUAAAACUUGAGAAGGAAAUUUCUUCAAAAGAUGAAGAAAUUAUCAUUCUGAAAACCCAGUUGAAGAAAGCAGAAAAUGAAACAAUGCUGGAUGAAGAUUUAGAAGAUUUCAUUUUGGAUGAGUACUCUGAUAAGGUGAAAAAACUUAGAGACCAAGCUGCAGCAGUAGAAGCUAAAAAAGAUCGUCUUAUUGAAAAAUAUAAAACCGAAGCAUUGGAAGAGCGAAAGAAUAUAAAAACCUUGGAGAAGGACUACAAUAGAAAACUGGAUCGUCUAGAAGACGAGCUCGAAGAAGAGAAGGAGAAAUUUGAAAAUAUGGAGGCUGACUUCCUUGACCUCGAAGAAAAAUCAGACAAGCAUAAGGACAAAAUCAAAUUACUUGAGAAAGAGUUAAAAGCCUUGGAAAAGCUAUUGGAAGACAAGGAUGAUUUCCUUGAAAAUAUAAAAGCAGACUAUGAAGAGAGUACCAAGUCAAAGGACAAAGAUUUGGAACAAUUGACAAUUCACAAAGAGGCACUCAAGCAACAAUUAUCGGAACUUCAAUCUUCUUCGAAUAAGCAAGGAUCUUCGGACACAGAUUCAUCAUGGAAGCAAAAAGCUGGAAAGAAUUGGGCCAACGACUUUUUCGAAAUGAAAAACAAAUUGGAGAAGGUUCAAACUCUCAAAGACAAGUUUGAAAAGGAGAGUUUGCAGUCACGUCAGCAAAUACAAAGUGAAAGAUCCAAACUUCAAGCAGCAAACAAAAAGAUUGAGCUGCAAAAUUCUAGAAUCUUAGAACUUCAAAAAGAGCUCGAUAUGACUCGAUCUCAAAAAGGUUUAAAGCAUCAAGUACGAGAAAAACAAAAACAAAAGAAGCAAGAAAUGCAAGAAGAGCUCGAAAAGCUGCAAAAAGCCCUAGUUGCAAACGAACACGUUUCUGUCAUGCAACCCAAGAUUUCAAGGAGAAAGGCCGUUUUCAAACCAGCCUUCAAACAUGUUCUGCAAGAGGGUGACUCGAGUAAUGAACUCGCUCAGGUGUUUCAGUCUCGAGCACAUAAGGAGUAA